UGGUACGGUUUUGAUCGUUUAAUUCGAGGAUACCGUAUAUAAGCGAAUGAAACUGUCCCAGCUUCACGUUAUAUACGUACAUGUGUGCAUAUUAACCUGUAUUAACCUCAUCAAAAUAACUUAAUGCUACAUUGAAGUCGAAACAUUAUGUUUCGUAUGUAAAUAAUUAUAUUAAAAGUAACAAACGCAGUAAAUAUGUUAAAAUAUACACAGUUAUGUAUAAAUCAUCUAAAACCACAGACUACACUUCUUACGAAUCAAGCUAACGUAGCACUGCAACCAAGUCGGAACACAUAUAUUUUAAAAAGAAGACAUGUGCCGCCUCUGCAUAAGAAAUAUGAGAAAUUCACGAAACUGAAGCAUAAACAUUAUAUUUACGAUCUUGUAGAAGAUACAAAUGCUAAACCACAAAAGUAUAUUGACAUGGUCUUAUUGACCAAUGUAAAAGAUGUUGGUGAAAAGGGCCAGAAGGUUUCAAUGCGUUCCCAAAGGGCUUAUGAAACUCUUAUAUUGCCAAAAUUAGCUGUGUACGCGACACCUGAGAAUCUAGAAAAAUAUUUGAUCGAGGACAAGGAGGAUAGAAAGAAAUUGCAGGAAUUCAGUUCUCAAUUUGUGGAGAGAACAAUGAAUCUGUUGUCUCAACUUUAUUUACCUUUAAACAUGUCCUUGGAUACACCUUGGACCAUAGAAAAGUGGCAUGUAAAAGCAUCUUUCCGUAAAGCUGGAUACAUCGUGCCUGAAAAUACUAUAACUAUGCCGACGAAGCCUAUAUCUGGUCCUGAUUUAUCUAUUGAAAGCAGAGAAUUUUAUGUUGUCGUCACAAUCAAUAAUCAAGAGGAAGUUAAAGUGAGAUGUAAAAUAUUCCAUUACACUUCUAACCCAGAAAAGAAAAUAAAAUACGAUGUACCGUAUUAUAUGUUACCGAAUAUAGCUGUUUUCCCAGAAGAUCAAGACAUUAUAAAUUCUCUUCCAAAACAUCGCUUAUUUAUAAAACAAAAUGAUAAUGUAGAGGAAUGAAAAUUAGCUAAUAGAUUUAUAUUAUUACAAGUCAAUGUACUGCAAAAUAAAAUUUAAUUUAAAAUGGACAAAUUUGUUUAACGUCUGUUUUUUAUUAUACUUAACAAUAUGGACAUCUGGCAUUUGCUUUUAAGUUCUCAAUAAAUUUUACAAAUUAGAAUUUCUAUGUACAUUUACAUUUAUGGUUACAUGUUUGUAUCUGUGCAUGUAUCCAAUGUAAUCAAUAAACACCCAUGCAGCACUGA